UCUGCUGAAGAGAUCGAGAGAGCUGCCCGGCCUCAUUGACGUCGCGCAAGAAAAAAGGAAGAGGAGAAAACAAACAGGGAAAUGACUGACACACAGCUAAGAAAACUCAAAAGUGAGCUCGUCGAUUCAGGCAACUUCAGUAACUGCAAUGACUAGUUCAUUGGAGAAUGUAUCCAAGGACGGAAGAGUCUGCUUCCCUGAGCCCGACGGCUCCUGCCUGUGUGCGUCCUACGCUACACGUGUCGUCCUGCCCACGCUCUACGUCCUGAUGUUCCUCCUGGGUCUCCCAGGGAACCUCAUGUCUCUCUGGAUCUUCAUCAAGAAAAUACACAGCAAGACCUCCACGCACAUCUACCUGGUGAGCUUGGGUGCCUCGAACCUGUUGCUGUGCCUCACCAUGCCCUUCCAGGCGGCCUACUUGGCGGCAGGGACUGAUUGGAAUAUGCAGCAAAUGGUCUGCAGGAUAGCCAUCAGCGGUGUCACACCACUGCUGCACAUCAGCAUCUAUGUGGGUGUAUUCAUCCUCACCUGGAUCGCGCUCAGCCGCUGCGCUCUGCUGGUGCAGAACGACUAUGGCGGACGACCCAGCACCUGCACCCGGCUGCUGCCACCUGUUUUCUUUCGCAAGCUCCGGCAGGCCAGCUUUGCCAGGGCCACCUGUGCAGCCACCUGGCUUUUCGUGCUCUCCUGCGUGUUGCCUGUGAGCAUCUACUACUCCGUCCAGGAGGUGGUGCAGAAGGAUGACUUGGUCAGUCAGGGCUGUUAUAGGGUUGCAGUGGAGGUGGGUGGAAACAGUACCCAGAAAUCCUCCAUAGUAGCCAUAAUGCUCUUCUGCAUGUGCUUCAUCGUGGUGAUGGCCUGCUACAUCUCCGUAGUAAGGCACUUCAUCCGCUCCCAGAGGAGCCGGAUCGUCUUGGACAAGCAGCGCAUGUACAGUCACGUCUUUCGCAAAAUCGUAGUCAUCCAGGCGGUGCUGAUAGUCUGCCUCCUGCCUUACCACGUAUUCAAGGCCGUGUUCAUCGACAGGGCCUGGCGACAGAGCCGUCCGUCUGCCGACGGCUGCCAUCCGAUGUCCCAGUUUGUGGAGAUAAAGAACUUCCUCCUCUGCCUGGCAGCUCUCAGGUGUAACACCGACCCCAUCAUGUACCUCCUGCUGGACAAGACUUUCCGCAAGAAUGCCCUGGAAAUGUUUAAUGUCUGCAUCGGCUCACAAUCCUCUCAGAGCACAGGGUCAAACAUGGCCGAGGGACCCACGUUCUCACAAAGUUGAAAAAGCCAGCGAAUGACCGGAAAGGAGAACCAGCGUCUGAAAGAUGUCAGGCAUUCAAAUACAGUAGCACAAAGUAACAGUG